GCUUUCCUAGUCGCACGCCCGCCACGCGCUCGUGGCUGCCUCUCCUUAUGCAAAGUAGUCGCGCCUCUUGCUAGCUUCUUAACUUAAUGUAUGUUGUUUAGUGGUCUAUGUAUUCACUCCACCCGACCGUGACUUGAAGGAGCGCACCUCCGCGGCCAGGACGAGAUAGGAGAGGUCCAAUGCCCGACCAGCAGCGCCGCUCAUGGCACCAGCCUGACGUUACUAAUCUGCCCCCCGACUCGUAUACCGCCCAGAGACUGGAACAUGCCACGCCCGAGCAUCUGCAUCUCACGACGAGACGCUACUUCAUCGGUCCUAUCCCCACGGCAUGGCUGACCAAGCACCGCUCCGAUUGGUACAAGCACCAUUUGCGAAUCAAUUACUCGACGCGUACGGCGACCUUCUCCUCAGACCCACGCGAGGCGCGCCAGCGACGACUGAGUGGCCUCGAAGGCCCCAGCUCCUCUGCCCUCUUCCAGCACAGCUUCCCCCAGCCCGAAGAACUCCAAGCAGAAGAUGAGGAAGGAGCGCAAGAGCUCGAGGCCAGCGGAGCCAAUGGCGCGGCAGGUGCGACUGCAGCGACUCCACCAGCCUUGCAAGUGCCGCGCGCUUCAGACCACAAAAGCGAUGUCAUGGACGAUGACGAGAACGACGAGUUCGUAGACGCGCCUUCGGAGCCAGAGGACGAUGACAUCGAACGCGUCCACACCAACGAACGGACAAUCCGCCGAUCGAGUACGGACAAGACGUACAUCACUGCAUCCUCCAUACCCGUAGACGAAGACGAAGACGAAGACGAACAGAGAUCGGCCGAAAGACCGCUGCAGGAGCAACACCAACAACAAGCACAGGCACCGGCCUCGGCUGAUGUCGAUUCGAAACCGCCCGCAAAAGGUAUAAUGGCAAGGGUCCGGAGAAGAUCAGGCAUGAUGUCCUCUUCCGCGGAACAGCUCCAAGACACAGACCCUGCCACGGGAGAUUUGACGCGCAAGAAGUCGAACCUUCGGAACCUUGUGAAGUUUGACAUACCGGAGGAUUCCCGACGCGCCACGAUCCAGCUCAAAGCGAAGAAGGCGCAAAUGACUGUCCAGCGAGCUGGUACCAAGAUAAGACGACAGAAGAUUAAAGAUGGGCUUGUCGUCAAGAUGGAACGCAUGCUUGUGCGAGUGGAUGCCGCCGCAGAAGUUCCCGAAGACUUUGAUGAGAAUGUCAACCAGAGAGUCGUCUCCCGCGUCAAAGAUAAAUGGCGGGAGUACAUGGUCGUCUGCCGUCACAGCCAUACCAAUGACGCAGAAUUUCUGCUGCAGCUCUACCAGACUCGGGUCAUCCCGGAAAUUGAGAAUGCAGGAGCAGGCAAGAAAGCCGCAUACGAAGUUCCGCUGGGGAGGAAGACCUGCAAAGUCAAUCUCUACUCGUCGUUGGACAAGUCAAUGGUCGUGUCCUCGCCAGGUUCACGCGAGACCCUCAUCUUCAUCAUGCAAGCUCGAACCGCAUCCAAUGCAGUAGAGUGGUAUACCUUUCUCCGUAACGUUCUUGGCUGGCAGCGUGCUUCCGAACUCCAAAUCAGUAUACCGGACAUGAGCUUGAGCAUACGGAUCGCCAACCCAUUCGAGAAGUUAGAGGCAUCACAAAACAAAGUCCAAGAUGCAGAGAACACCGAGGAGGCUUUGCUAAGAACUAUGCAAGAAGAACAGGCUGUUGCUCAAGAUUUGAUUAGGCGCUGCUUAGAUCAACUGCAAGAUGCACCGGAGUGGGCUGACGUGCUGGAAUCUUGGAUUAAGGACCAGCGCAUAGGUCUCGCCUGGAAGCGCUACGAUCGUCUCGAAUGGAUACAUGGAGCGAAUGAGCGGAAGAUGUACGGCACGAUAGCUAUGCUGAAGUCGCAUGAACUGGAACUGAGGCCCAAGACACACUAUCCAACGACUGCAGUGACAAGGAAGAAGCACAAGACCUUGACCGAACCGGUUCCUGUCGAAGGCUUUCUCAUCAGACUGACAGGGCAGCGAGGACGGGCAAAGCGACUAGGCCUCAUGUACCACAAGCAACUUUACUUUGCCAGCCACGAUCAGUAUCUCGUCUUUUCGCGACCAACGAAAGCCACCCCACCUCCGCCUCCGAGGCUACCUGCGUCUGGAAACGCCAAUGUGCCGACAGCGCAAGCGGUCAAAGACGCGGUGCCAGAGAGCUGGGCUGUCAACCCUUAUGGCCUCCAGGAUGGGCAGAUUGAAUGGCUGAUGGAGGGUCACUCAGGCACGACGGAAGCGAGGCGGUUGCAUGAUGAAGAUGCGGCAGAUGAAGCUGCCCGCAAAGAGCAGAACCUGCUCAACUGCGACGGCUACAUCAGCUUGGCAGACGUCGUCAAAGUCCGCAAAGCCCAGUUGGGUGCCAGUCCCGCUGACGAAGACCUGGAGGAAGGUUCGGAUGUGGACUUUGAUGAUGAGGUUGACGACUCUAUGCGCAACGAUGGAGCUACGAAGGACCUGGACAUCGAUCGUACUCUCGAGUUGGUCAUGAAGAAUGGCCUCAUCAUUCGCUUACAGGCCGCAGACAAAGCACAUCGGAAAGAGUGGAUACAACACUUACGCGCUCUUGCCAAGUACUGGAAACAUCGCACCGCAUCAGAUAUCGCCCUCUACAAAGCCACACGUAGUCGCAACCUCAGCGCCCUUAAGAUUGACGAAGAGGCAGAAGCACACGUUGGGCAAUUCGCCAGGAAAUGGGAGGUAACUCAAUCUUUUGCUUCACCAGAGCUCUACAACAUGUGUGGUAUCGCUUGUUGCCGCAGCGUUCAUAUGAGCGGAAUGUUGUAUCGCAAACCGCGCAUACAUGCGCCCUUUACACGAUGCAGCGUUCUGCUGACCGCCGGCACACUGCUCAUAUUUCGCGAUGUCUUGCGAAGCAGGGUUGGCAAGCAAUUGGCGCACAUCCACCACGAGCGCAUCGCGAAUCUCGAUCUCAAGGACUGCUAUGUCUACUCUGGUCUCCUCACAGAGAACGACCUCCUCUACCAGAAUCAAACCUUCGAUGCGAACAAACCAGGUCACCACGCCCUUCCAAGAAUCUACCUCGAAGAUGGCUGGACCUCCACAGACGAGGAUGUCAUGACUACGUUUGUCAUAUGGCAUGGCAAAGCAAAGAGCUGGUUCCGCGCUGAAGAGGGUGCGGGUGGUGGCGAGCAAGUUCGCAAGGAGGGCAAGCGCACGAAACUGAAGAGGGUAGCUAAGCUUGGAAGUAAAGGCCGUAGCGUGGUAUUUAGGGCGCGAUCGCGUGCAGAGCGAGACCAUUGGGUACUUGCAAUACAGAACGAGAUUGAGCGAAUCCAGGGCGAUAAUGCUGACUUCAGACUCGAAGAGAGUGGUGAGAAGGGGAUGGCAAAUGGAAACGUUAGUCAGAGUAAUACUAAUGCGUAAGAGGCGGAUGGUCUAGCUUGCUCAUGGAGGUCUGUAUUGUACAUUUGGCGCAUUGUCCUGUAUAGGCGUACUGAGCCUUUAGCAAUUAUGACUUAGCACGGCGGUGGGUGGUCUGAGUAUGUACAUCGUUGCAUAUUUGCUGUUGACAAUUGACGACGGCGUUUGAGCUAUAUACAUAGGUACUCGUAAUGUAAUACCAUCGGAGUAUCCGAAGUUAAAAUCUUGCAACACUUCUUCGACAUGGAACAAAGACC